UUUGUUGAUCUCUCAAACUCAUUGUCUGAGAAAUUAUUAACCUUAGCCAAAAUCUAAAUAAAAAGUUGUUUCCUACUCUCAAAACCAUAUAAAAAUGCUGCCUGCUAAGUUUCUACCGUGCCUUAUUUAGUUUAAUUGGUAAUUAAUAGAGUGCGAUAGUGAAAAUAACCACAUGAGUGAUUGGACGAUUAGUAUGCAUUUGUUUUCAUUAUGACAAAACGCCGAAGAAUACUUUACGCGGACAAAAUAAUUCAAAAUAUUAUGAAUGUGUUUUGUUUGUUAAUGUUCCUGCAGUUAAAAGGUUUCUAUGCAGUAGUAAGCAACCCAAUAUUGUUAUACUCAACGGCAUCAGACAUCCGAGUGGUGAACACGUCAAAACUCGGCAAAGUUGACACCAUAGUUAAGAACCUGGUGCAAGGGUCUGCCGUGGACUUCUUUCAUAGAAAGGAUCUUAUCUGCUGGUCUGAUCAGACCGCAGAGUUGAUACAAUGUAUGAGUUAUAAUGAAACUCAUGUAGGGGAUAAGGUUAGAAUAGUUUCAGAAGGAUUAAUAACACCAACCGGUAUAGCAAUAGAUUGGUAUACAGACAAAAUCUAUUGGACAGAUGGGGAAACAAACAAAAUUGAAGUUAUUAGCAUAGAGCAGAGGUAUAGAAAAGUACUGUUCUGGUCUGAAGUGGACCUCGCCAGAGCUAUCGCUGUUGUUCCUAAAGAAGGUCUCAUGUUCUGGACAGAUUGGGGAGAAGUACCGAAAAUCGAAAGAGCAGGAAUGAAUGGAGACCCAGCUACUCGUAAAAUUAUAGUCAAAGAAAAUAUAUUCUGGCCCAAUGGUAUCACAAUAGACUAUGACAAUAAUCUGAUAUACUGGGUUGAUGCUAAGUUACAUUUUGUUGAUGUUAUUGAUUUUAACGGAGAGAAGAGAAAGAGUGUUGUUAAAGAGAACCUUGUGUAUCCAUAUGCACUUGCGUUUUUUAACUACAAGCUUUAUUGGACUGAUUGGAAAACAUGGUCAAUUCACACAUGGGAUAUAGCAACAAGUGGCCCAAUGAAAGAGCUGAUAAAAUCCGACCCAGUGCCUGUGGACUUGAAGGUAUAUGAUGGAAGCAGACAGCUGAUGCCCCCGGAUGACUAUCCAUGCAAGGAGAAUAAUGGAGGAUGUUCGCAUUUGUGCCUGUUAGCGCCAACACCACUAGGCUACGAGUGUGCAUGCCCAACGGGCUCCAAACUCAAAGAGAACAGCAACACAACCUGCCACGACAGUCCACAGUCACUCCUCAUCGUAGCACAGCGCUCCACUAUAUCUAAGAUAUCACUGGACUCACCGGACUUCACUCCAUACACAUUACCUCUUAAAGACCUGAAGAGAGCCCUCACGGUGGACUUUGAUCCCAAGUACGAACAUAUUUAUUGGGCUGAUAGUUUGGCAAAGACAAUAUCUCGAGCACGCCUCGACGGUAGCGAGCAAACAGUGGUGAUUCACAUUAACGGAGUGCCCGACAGUAUUGCUAUCGACCCUCUAGCGAGGAAUAUAUACUGGACUGAUCCGGUUACUGAUACUAUCAAUGUGGCCAGGCUUGAUGGUACUUCGAAGAAGGUAAUAGUCCACAACGAGCUAUACGAUCCCCGUGCCAUAGCAUUACACCCGACAGCGGGCUGGAUGUUCUGGUCCGACUGGAACGACAAGAAACCUAAGAUAGAACGUGCUAACUUGGACGGUAGUGGCAGAAUGUUGCUUGUCUACGAGAAAUUAACGUGGCCCAAUGGUAUUGCGCUUGAUACGGUCAAGAAUAAGCUGUAUUGGGGCGAUGCUAGGACGCAUAAGAUUGAGGUGUGCAACAUGGACGGUACAGAGCGUAAAGAACUACACAGCAGUGAAAUCUUACAUAUCUUCGGUCUCACGUUACUGGGAGAAUAUCUCUACUGGACGGAUAUGCAGAAGCGGACUCUAGACAGGAUCAAUAAAAACACAGGUCUAGAACGUCAGCCCGUUGUGGAACAGAUGGCUAACAUGAUGGGAGUGAAAGCGUUUCGCCUGGGGGAGCCGCUCGGCUGGAACCAAUGCGCUGAUAACAACGGAGGAUGUUCACAUUUAUGUCUAAACACUCCUGAACGAUAUGUCUGUAGCUGUCCUCUCGGUUUCGAACUUAGUAAAGACAAGAAAACGUGCGUGCAACCCGAAGCUUUCCUAGUGUACAGUCGUAAGAAUGUUAUUGGACAUAUUAGUAUUGAGAACGAAGGAAAUGACGUCGCUGUUCUACCACUGAAAGAUUUAAAAGAAGUCAGCGCAUUGGCCAUUCACGUAGCCGGUAAUAAGCUUUACUGGUCGGACGCUAAAACGAAGACUAUCAACCGCUGCUCUAUAAAUGGAUCUAACAUGGAGAAAGUACUCGAAUGGAUGGGAUUAGUUGAAGGUAUAGCAAUAGACUGGUCAGGACAGAACAUCUACUGGACAGACACAGCAACACAGCGCAUUGAGGUGGCUCGUCUUGACGGAUCUAGUCGAAGAGCGCUAGUGUGGCAGGGCCUUAAGAAACCUAAGAGCAUUGCCUUGGAUCCUAAUAAAGGCUACAUGUACUGGUCCGAACUAGGCUCAAAGACAAUCAAACGAGCCGGCAUGGACGGCUCAUCCCCCUCCACCCUCUUCGAGCAAGUCGGCAAAGUGCACUCCAUAGCCAUAGACUAUGAACGCAAAGCCAUCUACUGGGCAGCUCUAGACCCGCCCGCCAUAGAGUUCGCAUUCCUGAACGGAACGGGGAGGAAAGUUCUCAUCAGUAACGUGUCUAUGCCUUACACGCUGACCAUACAUAAUGAUAAGGUUUAUUGGGGUGAUUGGAAUACUGGCAUAGUAGAAUCAGCAACAAAACUAACAGGCGAGAACCGCAAAAUCAUCCAAACUGGUCUGGAAUACAUAUCCGAAGUAAAAGUGUUCGGUCGCGGCCGGUCGGGCGGGCAGUGCGCGGCCGACAACGGCGGCUGUGCACACCUGUGCCUGCCCGCGCCCAGGGAGUACGUGUGUGCCUGUCCCGCGCACUAUAGGCUGCACAGCGAUAAUGAGACUUGCACUGAACCGGAAGAAUUUCUGCUAUUUGCCCAGAAGAACGCAAUAGGACGCAUAGUGGUCGCCAAUGGCGAAUGUAGCGAUGCGUACAUACCACUCACCGGGUUGAAGAACGUUAAAGCUAUUGAGUAUGAUCCUGUCAACAAACACCUAUACUGGAUGGACGACGACUCCCACGCAAUCCGAAGGGUCCCAAUCUCAUACUCCGUGACCUCAGCCAUCACAGACUCAACCACCAUAGUCUCAGGGUUAAGCAGACCCUUUCAUAUGGUCCUCGAUGUCUUGGGAAGGGCCCUAUAUUGGACCUGUGCGGAUACAGACUCUAUUAACGCGACUUCAAUUGAUAGUAACUCGUCGGUUGGUGUAAUAUUGAGAGGCGAUAAUAUGAUGCCUAGAUACUUGGCUUUUCAUCAGACUAAGAGAUUCCUAAUAUGGAACGACGCGGGCCUCGGUGUGAUAACCCGCGCAAACGUAGACGGCACCGCGCGUAUAGAGCUAGCGCGGGCCACCAACGUGACGUCACUCGCUAUCGACCACGGCUCCGGCACUGUGUACUGGGCCGUCAACCGGCAGAUACAUGCUGUCGACCUGGACGGCACUAACAAACGCGUGGUGUGGCAGGGCGGCUACGCGACGGCGCUGGCGGUGUGGGGCGGCGGCGCGUGGUUCUCGGGCUCGGGCGGCGCCAUGCGCCUCGCACUCGCGCGUCGCGACUCGCCCGCGCUGCCCGUGCCGCACGUCGCCAGGCUCGUCGCUGCCGUCGCCGUACAUAGGGUGGCCCGCUCUCACCCGUGCUGGCUGGGCGGCACGUGCGGCGCGGCGGCGUGCGGCGCGGGCGGCGCGUGCGGCUGCGUGCGCUGCGGCGCGCGCGCCUGCCGCCCGCAGCGCUUCCCGUGCGACGCCGCCGCGCCCGACCCGCGCUGUAUACCCAUGCACUGGAGAUGUGACGGGCAGAAGGACUGCGAGAACGGCGCGGACGAGGCGUCGUGCGGCGCGUGCGCGGGCGGCCUGCGCUGCGCCGACGGCGCCUGCGCCGCCGCGCUCGGCGCCUGCGCCGCCGGCGCCUACUGCGAGCGGGCGCCGCUGCCGGACGCAUUCCGAUGUGACGAACACCUGUGCUUAGCUCCCCGUCUCCUAUGCGACGGCCACCAACACUGCGAGGACGGGUCCGACGAGGCUCCCGCUACAUGCGGCUUCGCUGGCGCCAAAGAACAGACUGCGCAAACUACAAGACGUUCCAACGCUUUUGUCGUAUGUGGGUGUAUAGCUGGGGCGGCCGGAGGGUUGGGCGGGGCGUGGGCGGCGCUGCGCCGAGUGCGUCGUGCGGCCCGGGCCCCGCCCACUCGCGCUCGCCCCGCCCCUGCAGCAGUGCCCCCUGCUGCUAGAGCGCUUGUCCCGCUCAAGAGGCUGUACCCUGAAACGCCUGCGUUACCGGCGCUUACGGCUACUUAUACUGACACACUGGAAAGCGCUUGUGCGUGGUAUCCGCGCCCGACAGCGAACCCGCCGCCCAGCCCCGCCACCGGCAGCGACGGCGGCUCCGCGGCCCCGCGGCGCCGCGCCUACCGCCACUACCGCGCCAGCAACCGCCCCCCGCCCCCCACGCCCGCCUCCACCGACGCCUGCGAGUCCGAGCCCGAGCCCGCCGCCCGGGCGCCGCCCCCCUCCCCCGCGCCCACGCGACACUAGUGUUAAUAUUGCAACUGCCGACUAUGCACAAAUCCCGAACCGAAUAGUUAGCUAUACUCAUUGCAGACCUGGAUUUAUGAAUAGGCCGCGGCCUAAGGGCGGCAGAUUUUAGAAUAUAAAAAUCAGCCCUAAAAUAGCCCUUACAUAGUUCAGCCCUAAAAAAAAGGUCCCCGAAUUUACUACAAAUCGAAAAUUAAGAUUUGUACAUGGGGCGGCAGAAAUAAGUAGCCUACACUCAUUAAAAAUAUAAAUCCGGCACUGACUCAUGGCGAACAAAAUGAUUAGCAGAAAUAAUGCAAAAUCUAAGAAAUUAGCGUGACAAUAUGCGGGUGUUCGGGGGACGAGGAACGUUUCUAGCUCCAGCCCCAUGCGCCUUCUUUAGAACCCUCCUUUUUUUUCAAAAUAAAUCAAUCAAGACCAAUUUUCAACGGAUUGAUUUGAUUAGACAAGGAAUCCGAAUUCUGCCAAGUCAAUCUUGUACCCAGCAACGCCUUUUUACCCAGUUAUACGUCACUCGCCCCGUAAUGCAAACUACUACACUAGUUCAAUAUAAUAAUUUAUCAAUCGAACCAGAUAUGCGUCUAUAAAAAUCAGUGCGCUAAUCACUGAUUCAGUCCUCUAGUCCAAUAAAUAUAAAACAUAAGAAAUAUUCGCGCAAAAACUAGAACAAGCACAAAAUUACUUGACACAGAUCUGGAUAUUUUGUUAUUAAUAAGCGUGUGGAAUAACUAAUUGGUGCUAUUUCACUGUUCGUGCCUCAUAAUCGUUAUAAGAAUAAAAUCUCUAUUAUUUGUAAAUAGUAUAAAAUAUUAUAAGUCGAGGAGAAACACGUAAAAAACCUUGUAAAUAUUGUUUCAAAUGUCAUUUACAAAAAAAAAAUGAGCCGCACAUAAUGCAUACAUGCAUCAUUUCACAUAUAAUCCAAAACUGUUUUAUUUGCUUAAAACAUUGAUUUUUAUGUGUUUCUCUUUAUGUUGUAAAUAAAAUAUUGCAAGUUUUUUUAUUAAAUGUAACUUACAUAUAAAUAACUAUUUGUAGGCAACAGUGUACCUACUGUACGUUCGUUGUUAUCUUCGUCAUGUCUUCUUUACACUACUCGCGAAGUCAACCGAAGUGAGAAGGCACUUCGUCUUACUUCGUUCAACUUUACCUUGCUUCAAACGACAUCACGUUGUUGAUCAAGUGUCUAUACAAUCUAUACUGCAUUUGAGAAUGCACUAAACUAAAGGUAAACCAUUUUGUUAUGACUUUUUGUUAAAAAGUUAGUAAAAAAAUCAAUGUAAGUACAAUAAUGACAAAAACUUAAUUAAAUCAUCGUUUUAAGCAGUAGUUAACAUAUUUGUUUAAUGUGAAUUAUGUGAAAAGUCAUAUCUUUUUAUUUAAUCGUUUAGUUAAAAUACCUACUCAAAUGUAGUACAGUGUCUUCGUCUUACUUCGUCCAACUUUAGUACUUCGUCGAGUAAUUUUGCGAGUAGUGUAAAUUAGGUAUAAGUUAACGCCGAGAAAACUGAACCUCAAACCAGUUGUUUCCUAAUAUCGUUGUCUCUCCCCAGAACUGACAGAGACACACUAACUGACAUUGGUUUAUCUCGGCUUUAGUCGUUAUUGAACUUAGUUGAAAUUAUUAGAAAAAUUACCAAACUGUCCUCAAAGUGCAAAGUGUUUAUACGUAUAGUGGUCAAGUGCCAUUACAAUUUCAACCUUGUUGAUAAGAAAUAAAACCUAUUAUUAAAGUUACAAGUCUUGCAACGACAAAGUGACAAAUUACACACUUCUAUCCAAACUUGAAUUUAACUGGUUUAUAUGCUGUUCCUCAUUAGAGCCAUGUAAAUGAAUAAAAAAAUACACAAAAAAUAUUGUUUUGUUAAAAAAUUUCUUUAUGGAUCGUCUUAAUUAUUUUUAAAGAUAAUAAUUUAAAUGUCGUAAAAUGUAGCCCGUUUGAUUUAUAAUAGUUCUGUUUGCAUUAAUAUGGUACCUAUGAUUGACCGAUAUAGAGGCAAGCGCUUACAAUGAAAGUGAAAGCCCAAAUUCACCGACAGCAUAAACGUAUUUUUUUUUUUAAACCACUGUUUAUGAAAAUUAGAAAAUGCAUAGUAAACAGUAGCUUUAAGAAAACUGACGUUUAUGCUGUCGGUGAACUUGGUGCCAACUGUCUUGCUUAUAGACGUCGUGCAAAACAAACAAUUGACUCUGUUCUGCUACAUGCGACAUAACUCCGCUAGUGUGAAAGCACUAUUAUGUCGUAUUUAAAUGUCUCUCCAACUACGUACUCAUUGUAAACGCUCGCGAAACACCCUCAACUGAACAAUAAAUUAUUUGUGAUUAUUUGCAGUUGCCAUUUAUAUUUGCAUUUAUAUAAUUUUAUGUAAAAAGCUUAGGUAGAUGAUAAGUUAAUUUUAUUUCGAUACUUAUUAUUACCUAAAUCUAAAACUGACUGAUUGUGAGAUUUUUGUAAUAAACUUUUGUACCUGUUA